UCGCGCGCAUCUCCCGCUCCCCUGCUCUGCUCCUCGCCGGCCCGCCCCGCCUCGCCCCUCGCAGUCGGACGCCGGCCCCGUCCCCCGGCCACCCCCCCGCGAAGAUGACUACUUCAAGGCGUCUUGCUGACAGGAAGAGUGCCAAGUUCCAGAAGAAUAUCACAAAGAGGGGUUCCGUGCCUGAGACUACUGUGAAGAAGGGGAAUGACUACCCUGUUGGACCGAUCGUGCUUGGAUUCUUCAUUUUUGUGGUCAUUGGAUCAUCCUUGUUUCAGAUAAUCAGGACAGCGACCAGCGGCGGGAUGGCUUGAACUGAGCUAAACUCAGAAGCGUGUCCAUCCAUGCAUAUGUGUUCGGGAGCUGGGAGGCAGUAUCUGUAUUCUGUAGCAAACUUGUUCCUGGAUAAUGUCGUGUAGUGUUGCGAAUCUUGCGUUUCUUUCCUGUUGUUUGGAGCAUCAAAGAGUUUUAAGCUUAAACUGGAUGUUGGAUCAUGCGCAGGCUGAAAGUUUAAAGAUAUGAGAGAACCUUAAUCUGUAGAAGAGCAGCUGUAAUUCCGCCGUUGGGUGGUUUCUCUCUAUCUGCAUA